UUAAGCUCAGGCCAGUUUUUUCUCCUGUGAUAGAGCGCUAACAAAGGAAUUGCCUGGCCGAGCGCGACUGAAUCCUGACAGUGCGGGCUCCAAUGGCAGCUCAUAAGGAAACAAAAUAUCCUGAAGGCUCAAGAAGUAAACAUUUAACCAAUGGAGCUGGAGUUUCUCAAGCACAAUGGGGAAGAGCCUGGAAAGUUGACUGGUUUUCACUGUCGGCUGUCAUUUUUCUACUCCUGUUUGCACCCUUCAUUGUGUAUUAUCUAGUAAUGUCAUGUGAUCAGUAUAAUUGCUCCUUAACUACCCCAGCCAUUGAAUUUCUCACUGGGAAAACUCACCUCUUGGAUAUCUGGAAUAAGAUGCCACCACUGACCUGGAAAGCUGCAAGCCUCUACAUCUCUUGGGUAACUUUCCAGGCAAUUUUGUACAUGCUUCCUGACUUUUUCCACAAGUUAAUUCCUCUCUAUCGAGGAGGAUUACAAGGAGGUGCAGUGACGCCUGCUGGUAUUAUACUCAACUAUGAGAUCAAUGGACUUCAAGCAUGGCUUAUUACACAUGCACUGUGGUUUGCAAAUGCUUACCAUUUCCACUGGUUCUCACCCACUAUUGUUUUUGACAAUUGGAUUCCACUCCUAUGGUGUGCAAAUAUUCUGGGCUAUGUGGUAUCUAUAUUUGUAAUGAUGAAAGCCUACUGGUUCCCCACUAACUCAAAAGACUGCAAAUUCACUGGUAACUUCUUCUAUGACUUCAUGAUGGGGGUUGAAUUUAAUCCUCGUUUAGGAAAGUGGUUUGACUUCAAACUGUUUUUCAAUGGUCGCCCAGGCAUUGUAGCAUGGACUAUUAUUAACCUCUCCUAUGCAGCUAAACAAAAGGAAUUGUAUGGUCAAAUAACGAAUUCUAUGAUUCUCGUGAAUGUCCUACAGGCUCUAUAUGUCUUAGACUUUUUCUGGAAUGAAACUUGGUAUUUGAAAACUAUUGACAUCUGCCAUGAUCAUUUUGGAUGGUACCUAGGCUGGGGAGACUGUGUUUGGCUUCCUUAUACCUAUACCCUGCAGGGAUUAUACUUGGUCUACCAUCCUGUUCAGCUUUCCACAGGUAAUGCAGUUGGAAUUCUGCUAUUGGGACUGGUGGGCUACUAUUUCUUCAGAAUAACCAAUCAUCAGAAAGAUCUCUUCCGUCGCACUGAUGGCAAUUGUAAAAUCUGGGGGACAAAGCCUAAAUAUGUUGAAUGCUCUUAUAUGUCGGCUGAUGGGACCAAACACUAUACCAAGCUGCUGACUUCAGGAUUUUGGGGAGUGGCCCGUCAUUUUAACUAUAUAGGAGACUUACUGGGAUCCCUGGCAUACUGCCUGUCUUGUGGCUUCGACCACAUCCUACCUUAUUUCUACAUUAUUUACAUGACUAUUCUUCUGGUCCACCGCUGCAUUAGGGACGAACACAGAUGCUCCAACAAGUAUGGCAAAGACUGGAAGCGGUAUUGUGAUGCAGUACCUUAUCGGCUAUUUCCAGGUUUUUUUUAAAUUCAUAACCUUGGUUGUUGGUCUUAAAGAAUAUGUUUGGAUGGACACACACACACACUUUUUUUUUCAACACAACAAGUUUUGGGAGCCUCCAGAGUAUGACAUCCACAAUACUGUUUGGCUAUUUAAUGGGACAGGAUCCAGAUCCCAAGACUGUUGUGCCUCUAAGAUAUUUUUUUUAAGUGUGAGGGGUGCUUUUGUUAUAACACAAAACCCCUACUAAUUGAAGAUCAGUGGAGAAAUCUUUAUAAUACAUAUGGUUCCACCACUCACUGAAACUUCUCUUCCUUCAGCCCUAGUGUAGUGAACAGAAGCUAUGCCCAAGCUAAACUGGUUUUUCAUAAUUUUCACACUAGUUUGGACAAUGGUGAUUCCUUGUGAUUUGUCAUGAGGAUAAUAACACACUUUGUAAACUGCUCUGAGUGUGACAUUAAAUUGUUCUGAACAGAGGUAUAUAAAUCGAAUAUUAUUAUUACUGACUUGAAUUUGUGUAAAUGAACACAAUUAAUUUCAUGUUAUUACGAGAUGCUGUGGUCCUUAGUGUGGCAUAUUUUAGUUGAAGCAGAUAUCCCUGAGGUUCCAUUACAAAGAAACACAAUACUUAUGAAGCAAACAGGCAGCAGGAUUACUACUACUGAUUUUACUUAUUCUUGCUUUCUAUGGAAAAUGCUUUUGGGGAGCAGCAUACUGAGAUACUGCCCUCAGUUACUAGCCUGUACUUGUGUCCUCUGUCUUAGCUAUUUACUACUUGUCACUUUUGUAUGCACAGGUCCUCUUUCACACAAAUACCUUCAUAUAUUUUAAAUGAGGAUGGUAGCACUUCUGUCUAGCUUUUAAAAAAAUAUAUUGAUGUGACCAUUCUCAACAGAAAAUUUAUACAUUGGUAUACGUAAGCAUUGAUCUUUCUGUAGAAAAAUGUAACUUAAACUGUGAUUGAAAAAGAACCAAUUGCAAAAAUGGAAACUGAAGAUCAGUGUAAGAUAGCAGUGGCCUGACAGCUGCCUUCAAGUGGGUCUUGUAUACAGUACUUCAAUUUUUGUGUGUGUUAGCUAACAGGUUUUAUAUAGUAUGUUAAAGACCAUUACAUACAGGAUGUAAAUAGUUUACCAUUCUGAAAACAAGGUUCCUGGUUUACUAGAAAUCGCCUAAAUUAAUCUGCUUAUGCAGUUUUUUCUUAAGAUGCCUCUUGUGUCAAGAACUUUACACAGCUCAGCCUUGGGGAAAACUAGCUGGGAUCUGAGAUAGUGGGCAUCAAGAGCAAAUAUUUUCUAUUCAUCGAACAGGCUGUUACAACUGGAUUGGAUCUAAAGGAAAUUACAUCUGCUUCAGAUACAACUCUGGGCUAUAUGUGAUCCUGAGAGCUAGCUGUACACAAGGGGGAAAUACAUAUAUUUAAGAAGUUAAAUUAAUAAACCAGCCACCUUGUAACAUACGUUAGCCAACUUUGAUUAAAGUUAAAACUGUAAUGUUUUGUGUUCACUUUGAAAGCAGUAGGAUGAAAUGGAGUAUUCAUAACACCAAAGAUGGAACAAGGAAGGGUGCAAAUGCAGUUCAUGCAGCUGUCAACUGGUUCGUCCAAUUUUAUCUGAGAUCAUGUUUUGUAAAAAAAUAAAACACAAUCUGCCUUCAUAAA